GUCGCGUAACAAGCCACCGCUCUCAUCUUCGGAGUUUGGCCAAGGUCCGAACCGCGAGCGACAAAGAGGGCGGAGAUAACGGCCAGCAGCCAGCGCAUACUACCUACGUACCUACUUACUAGUAGUUAGCGAGGGCUUGGCCGGUUGAGCCUCACCCGCACGUUGCCCUCUGGUUUUGAGGAAUCGGAAAGAUUGUAUCAUUAUUCCUUGGUAUGACCUUAGUCAAGCCCGCGCUGCAAGCCGUGCAACCACAUACAUCAAGUUCAUCACCACAAGCGUCAGAAACAUGAGCCAGCUUCUCGUGAUUUUUGGCGCGACCGGCCAGCAGGGCGGUUCCGUGGCGAACAUCGUCGCCGCAAGCCCGGAGCUCUCCAAGCGCUUCCGGGUUCGGGGUGUCACGCGGGAUCCGUCCAAGCCUGCAGCGGAUAUGCUACGUAUCAAAGGGAUUGAGGUCGUCCAGGCCGAUCUGGACGACGAACAGUCGAUCCGAACCGCCGUCGAGGGCGCGCAUACCGUGUUCGGGAUGACCCGCACAAUCUAUGACGAGGAGGCAAAGGAAAGGGAGGUACGCCAAGGCAGAGCUCUGGCCGACGCCGCGGUCGCCGCCGGUGCACAGCAUUUCAUCUGGAGCACCCAGUGCCACGCCGAAACUGUCUCAGGGGGGCAGUAUCCUGUCGGCUCAUACGACUCCAAAGCCGAGGUGGAGCAGUAUAUUCGCAGCCUACCCAUCAAGAGUUCCUUUUUCGCCGCCGCAACCUUCAUGCAGAACCUUAGCGGUAUGAUGACACCUCGCCCCGUCGGUGACGGUACAUACGCCAUCGCCAACAUUGUCUCGGGAGCCGCAAAGUUCCCUUGGAUUGACGUCGUGGAGGACUCCGGUAAAUUUGUCGGCGCCAUAUUGGCCACUCCGGAGAAAUACUAUGGCAAGGUUCUCUAUGCCGCCUCGUGCAUUCAUUCUCUCGACGAGGUUGCCGCGAUGAUUGGCAAGAGCACCGGCAAGACGGUCAACUACACCGUCAUGCCUGAGGAGAAGUACCGUGGCUUCCUGCCCCCGGUGGCGGCGGAUACCAUUGUCAACAUGUUCUUGUAUAUCCAGGACUUUGGCUACUAUGGCGCCGAAACCGAGGAGCGCGUCAAGUGGUCGGGCGAGCAGGCGCUGGGCGACCUAACCAGCAUGGAAGAAUUCGUCUCUAGGGCUAUCAAGCUCGAGUGAAAUGUGGUUGGUGAGCUGGAUGUAUACACAAAGUUAGGGAGAUCAGGUAGCUUCUUUUUAAUGCAGUCCUAAUUUGGCA